AUGUGCCAGCCCCAGCUGCUGCUGGCCCUGCUGCUGCUGCUCUCCUGCCCGUGGGCCAAUGGCAGUGCUCUGCGGGCGCAGAUCGUGGGAGGCCACGAGGCUAAGCCCCACUCCCACCCUUACAUGGCAUACCUGAAGGCAGGGCAGUAUGCCUGUGGAGGCUUCCUGGUGGCCCCUGCCUGGGUGAUGACAGCUGCACACUGCCUGCUGGGGAACAUCACAGUCAUCCUGGGGGCUCACAACAUCCGUGAGCCAGAAAGCAGCCAGCAGAUACGAGGAGUGCUCAGCUACCACCCACACCCCGAGUACAACCCCCAGACUGUGUCCGACGACAUUAUGCUGCUGAAGCUGACAGCAAAGGUCACUCUCAAUGACUAUGUCAAGACCAUUCCACUGCCCAAGACCAGCAGUGAUCUGCCCACGGGCACCAAGUGCAUCAUAGCUGGCUGGGGCUUGAUUGACAAGGAGCAAGCCACUGACAAGCUCUUUGAGACCCAAGUCUCCAUCUACAGCCGUAGGAAAUGCAUCCAGUUCUACCCAGACCUCACCAGUGGCAUGGUCUGUGCUGGCAGCUUCCAUGAGCUCAAGGAUUCCAGCCAGGGAGACUCUGGUGGGCCCCUGGUAUGCAGUAAUGUGGCACAAGGCAUCGUCUCCUUCGGGUAUGACCAACCCCCCGGGGUCUAUGCCCGCAUCUCCAACUACCUGCCCUGGAUCAAACGGACCAUGAAGAAGUAGCAGCAGCAGCAGCACUCACUCCAGCACUGCUGCAGCCCUGGAGACUGCAAUGGUUUCCUUCCUGCUCCUGCUGAAAUCUCGACCCCCUCCUCUCUCCUUGGCGACCUGCUCGGUGCACUCAGCGCUGCCCUUCCCCCUGCUCCACGGCUGCUGCGCUGUCCCAUGCCCUGCCCAUCUCUGGCAGCCAGCUCAAGGCUGUAUUCAAUCACCCUGGCAGAGACAGGGAUCAUCCCAGAUGGCACCAGAAAGAUCCUGUGCCACAGCAGACCUCACUGCCUUCAGAAGCACUCCUGUCCCUGCUUCAGCCUUGCUGCACUUCCAGCACCCUCAGUAAACUCUGCUCUGC